CGUCAGUGUCAUGGGACGUGCGUGCCCAAACGUGCUUCCCAGCAUGCAUUGUUACAAAUGGCUCCCGUUGUUUGAGAGUUGUUGUGUUUUUUCUCGUCAAGGAACAACAAUGACCUAGCAUCUUGGGCAGUGAGAGAACUGAACAUUGACUGAACAAGGCUAUGGCUUAUGGUGGCAACCAGAGAGGACACCGCAGUCGUAACUGUCACAGCAGGUUUAGGUUGGAGUUGCUGGGAUGUUAUGGAGUCUUUAGUUCUCAUGAUAACUGCCGUGUCAGGCUCAGGGCCCAGUAUCGCUGGAGCUAGUGAAGAUCAGGAUAUGAUGGGGAACUUAGGUUUAUCUGGGGCCAGCAGUGGAGAUAGGGGAGGGGGUUUCCUGAGGAGAAGUGAGCGGAUUGGUCGACGACUGGGCUUGUUCAGCUCCGCCCGUGUUGGAGAGGCCCCUGAGCCUUCGUCCUCCGCGUCUACCGCAGCGUCUGACGAUCCCGCAGACACACGUAGCCGGCGCCGGCGGGGGACGAGCUGUUUCCCGCGCCGCAGUCGCCACCGCUCACGCACCAGGAGUAGGUCCCCGCUGGACAGCCGCUCCAGCUCUCCCAGCGUGAGCACGGCUUCUUCCAGCGGUUACGUAACCUCGACACCGCGUGCGGCGGAGUCCUCAUCCCAGAGCGCCAGUAGCCAGUCGUCCGCCGGCUCCGGGCAGGCCCGCCGCACGGGCGCACGAUGGGCGGAGUUCCUCGCACACGGCAGUCGAGGUAGAAGAGACAGUUCCAACAUCAGUACCGCAGCGACAAGCGAAAGCGGCAGUGGUAAUUCUGCGUCCAGUACCAUCCUGAACCUGUCCACUCUGUACCCCAGCGGAGAGUUCGUCACCACCACCUCCAACGACUCCACCUCCACGGUUCACGUCAGAGUCAGGGGACCGGUACGCGAUUCGUCGUCACAGCCGACCGCGGCCAGCGAAGAUCCAGAAGUGGUCCCCACAGGUCGGUUUGGUUACAACCUGAGGAGUAGAGCCCGCGCCCAGCGAGCGUCGUCCACUCCACCGGCCGGCACAUCGUCCGCUUCCCGGUCCACACCAGAGUCCAGUCCCGACGAGGCCGGACUACGUCUCGCCGACCUUCUCUCCCUGCGCAUCAGCGUCAGACCGACCGACCGUGACACGAGUACCAACUCCGCCGAGUCCACCCCUGCCAACCAACAGGACACCGGAGAGGCCAGGGCCAGAGACGACACCGGCGGCACAGGCGCAAGCACCCCGGAGAACAGAGGGGAUUCAGCCACGAGGACCCAGGGAACCCGUAUCACGAUCAUUCGCAUCCGCACGGCGCCGUCCACACCAGAGCUGGGCAGUCGGGAGGGAGGACAGCCACGCAUCGCUGUGUCCACCCACAAUGUGAAUGGACCAACCCCUGCAUCUAGUGCAUCUACCAGGAGAGAGGAUAGUACCACUGAAGCUACGGGGAACAGCAGUUCCUCCAGUGCUCCAUCAGCUGAGUCGCGGAGUCCCGGCACAGGCUCGUCAUCAGGACCCUUCCGUGAGCGCAUCUCUGUCAUGGAGUUCGACACCAACGGAGACUCGGACAACGAGUCAGACAGCGACAUCCUAGAGAUGAUCAACAGUCGGCUUCGUCAAGUUGCUGCUAGGACUGAGGAACAAGAAGGAGCGAUCCGCCCCCGUAGAGCGCUCUCAGCAAACCAGGCCUCCCCUCUCACUCUGGUCUUCUUAGGUAUUGUUAUAUCUGCGGACGGUGAAGACACCCCUCGUGGUCUAACCAAGGAACAGAUCGACACCCUCCCCACCCGUACCUUCAGUGAACCAUCCCGAGAGGAGAACGCCAACAACUCGUGCAAUGUCUGCAUCACCGAUUAUAUAGAAGGUUCCGUUCUCCGCUGUCUUCCAUGUACCCACGAGUUCCACGCCGUCUGCGUGGACCGCUGGCUGGGAAUCAACGCGUCCUGUCCCGUCUGUCGCCACACAGUAACAAGCGAAGCUUAAAACGAAACCAUUUCUGUGGCAAAGCUUUAAAAGAGUAUAGUUUCAGAAAUAUGAUUGUCUUUUGUCGAUGAAGUGUCCACAUCGAAUCACGAUAUGAUAAAAGAAGUGUCAUGCUUCUCCUGUGAAUGAUUCAGUAAUGACAACUGGUGAUACUUUGCUGUCAAAAAUGGCCAAACUUGAUGUACUGCUGCUCAUAUAAUGCUUCUAGUUCCCUUGGGGAAGAAACCAAUAAGAGGUGUCAGAUUAGACUCUGAUCUCAGAAUACAUUACGUGGCAAACUUCUUCACACCCUCAUCCCUUUUCUGUCUCCACUACAGGUAGUGGUAGACAGAAAAGUAGCUGGAAUAGUUAGGUUUUAAUGAUCUAAAAUAGAAAAGGAAAGAAAAAAAAGCAUGUUCUGUUACCAAGUUUGUUUCCAUGUCCGCUUAACACAGAAAGGUAUAAUCAGAAUUGUGAGCAAAAGAGGAGUGUACAGUUGAAAAGAGUGCUGGCAUAUGUACAUGUAUGUUUGAGAGAGAGAGAGAGAGAUCUAGCACUACUUGCUAUUUUGUUGCACAUUUAAAAUAUCAUAUUAACACAGAUACUACUGAAAAUCAAUUAUAAAGUUCCAGAGAGUCAUCAUAGAGAAGAUUUUAUGGUAGCAUAUAUUCUUCCUUAUGCAGUUUUUGGACUUGUCCUAUCCACCGUAUCUGUGGUAGUAAUGUUUUGACUGUAAUACCUUGGUUCAUCUUGAUAUAGCCUGUUUUGAGGCCUAUGAAAGCAUCUUGCUUGGUGGACUAUAAGAUGCAUAUGUACUAUAUAUACAUUAAAUCAUAAUCAUGGUAACAAGAAAGUAAUUUUUUGGUGUAAAGACUGAAAAAAAAGAUGGCAAUUUUGCAGUGUUAUGCCCUGAACAACUAACUUUCAUUUACAGAAGACAAUAUUAAUUUCACUUCAGCUUUGCAGUGGUUUGUAUUAGCAGAUCUACAGCAUAAAGCAUCAUCUUUGCUUCUGCUUUGUUUAAAAGUCACACACAGUCUUAGAUAAAUACACGAAACCAAAAGGCAGACUAUUUCAGAAUAAUGUGCCUUGGAGUAAAAACGGUCCAGAGAAAGUAGAGCACACAAACUCUAUCACUAUUGCAAAUCAUUGCUGAAGUUAACAUCGCUAGUUAGUUUUAAAUCAAUGGCACAGAAGGAUGUGUACCCGGUAUAACAAGCCCCCAUUGUAAUUAUACAGCGUUUCAUUUGAAACAUAAAAUAGAAAUAGUUAUUUGCUUUAAAUUAGAUAUGAAGCAACUACAUGUACUCGUAAGCUUGAUUUCUAUGUUUUAAAGUUAUGUUCCUUAAAGUUAUGUUUAUUGUUUAUUUCUAAUUGUUAUUGUUGAUGUUCUGCUUAUGACUGAAAGCUGACGUAAAUGUUUCUGUUUAAUGUGCAGGAGUUUGUGCAAUGACAAACAUGCUUUAUAUGUAUACAUAAACUCAAUUUUAUAACAGGUUACACUUCAUCCUUCAUAGACUUGCAUCUCACAUAUCUCAUUGUAUCUUGAAAGUUCAUCUGUGUUGGUAGAAAUCAUUAUGAAGCAAGUUUAAACUGUAAUUUCCAACACAACAAAUUGGACUCACCC